AUGCAUCGCGAUGAACGAUCGAAGCCAUACGUUGAAACACGAACGGUGGACGAACGAGGUUGCCAGCUCGUAUUUAAUCACCUUCCCCCGCUGCCUGAUGCUUCGAACCACGUUUCCACGCGAUUCAGGGCGUCGUUGCUGCUGGCAACACUACUGCUGGUGCUCGCUAGCUGCUUCAGUUUGAGCCGUGGUGCCGCUACGACGCCGCCAGCACAGCUCUUGCAGGACGAAGUGACGAUGGAAUUCCAAAUCACUACCAUGUGGGACAGUGUUCCGGUGCAGCACAACCCUGUGUCUCUAACGCUGACCGGGAAAGAAGAUCACUUGGAGCUCAGAGUUGAAGCUCCUUUCUUCAACGACGUCGCUCCACCUUGUGCGGAACCUGGUCCUUGUUUCGGUCUUUGGGACUAUGAAGUUGUGGAAGCCUUCUUUCUGGCACCGGAUAACAAAUAUAUAGAGAUCGAGGUCGGCCCACUGGGACAUCAUCUGAUACUUCUGCUGAACGGAGAGAGAAACGCGAUCGCGCAAGAGUUGCCAAUGGAGUACAGCGUCACGUCGCAGGAAAUCGGAGGCACUUGGACUGCGACUGCGAAAAUCCCCGUGGGCUAUUUUCCUCCCAAGGUGGAAAGGUGGAAUGCCUACGCCAUUCACAACAAUGCCUCGAACCCGCUGAAAAGGGACUACCAGAGCCUGUUUCCUGUGCCUACUGGUGAACUGCCUGCUCCAGACUUGUAAGUCUUGUCCGUCAGCAACAGUUAUAAUUACUGUGCACUGUCUUGCAAAGCUAGACUCAUCUCGCUAUUUAUCAGACAGUCAACGUGCCGCGAAAAAGACCCCGUAAAAAGACCCCACCGGAAAAUGCGAACCCCUGUCUUCAAAACUGGUGUACAGUAAUUAAACGUCCAAAUCGAAUUGAACCUUAACAGGAGUAAAAAAUAUU